CAGACCUCAUGGCACGGGUGCUUAUCGUUUCGGUAUACGUCUUCGGUCGUUCUUAUAUGUAAUUUGUGCAAGAUAAAUUAUACCUCUCGUCCGCUAUUGUUCUCAGCUCAUACCAUUCAUUCCGGUGCAACGGGUACCGCGUUUUUCAUUUCUUGAACUUGUAUCAGCAGCCCCUAACAGGGAGUGUUCGUCGUUGAGUAUCUAGAUAUACACAUAUGUUCUGACUAGGUACCUUUUCGUUUGCCUCUCGUUUAACAUAAGGUUGUCCUACAUACUGAGGUGCAUCAACGUCACCUAACCCCUUAAUCCCACCGUAUUACGGAUUUCUAUACAUAUUAUACUCAUGAAAAUGGGGAGCCAGUCUUCGAAAAGGCCUGCUCCAUCGCAUUAUGACAUUGUCAUCGUUGGAGCUGGCCCUGUCGGGCUCAUGCUCUCGACAUGCCUCGCAAGAUGGGGAUAUAGCAUUAAGCAUAUUGACAACCGAGCCGAACCUACGCCCACAGGACGCGCAGACGGUAUCCAGCCUCGGUCCUUAGAUCUCCUUCGCAACAUGGGCCUGAAGUCCACUAUCAUGGCACACAAACCAGCGAGAGUAUUCGAAGUAGCCUUCUGGGAUCCACCCCAAGAUGGCAAGGGCAUCGUCAGAACCGGCACUUGGGCAAGUUGCCCGAGCUUCAUCGACGCAAGAUACCCCUUUACCACGCUCUUGCAUCAGGGACGGAUCGAGCGUGUGUUCAUUUCAGACCUUGCAAAGAAUGGUGUGCAGAUUCAACGGCCGUGGACCAUCAAGGGUUUCGAAUCGGAUGAAAAUUCCAACCCGGAAUAUCCUGUCCAAGUUUAUCUCGAACACACCGACGGAAGUUGCCAGGAAACUGUCCGAGCCAAAUACUUGUUUAGUGGCGAGGGCGCUAGAUCUUCCAUCAGGGACCAGUUGGGUAUCAAGAUCAUCCAUAAAGAUCCAAUUUCGCAUGUUUGGGGCGUUAUGGACGGCGUCGUGAAGACUGAUUUCCCUGACAUCAAAAUGAAAUGUACAAUACACUCUCAGCAUGGGUCAAUAAUGGUUAUCCCCCGCGAAGAUAACAUGGUUCGAUUAUAUAUCCAAAUUGCGUCGUCGACGGAUGCGGAUUGGAGUCCGCGCAAGACUGCUACGGCGGAAGAAGUCCAAGCUUCCGCGAAGAGAAUUCUUGACCCGUACUUCAUUGAAUGGGAACGUGUGGAAUGGUACUCGGUAUAUCCUAUUGGCCAAGGAAUUUCGGACAAGUACACAAUUGACCAUCGGGUGUUCCUAGGUGGCGAUGCGUGCCAUACCCACAGUCCAAAAGCCGGUCAAGGGAUGAACACAGCAUUCUUGGAUGCUCUUAACCUCGCCUGGAAGCUUCAUGCUGUCGAAGCUGGAUUCGCUGACCGAGCUAUCUUGACAACCUACGAACCCGAACGCAAAGAUGUCGCAGAGACUCUAUUGUCCUUUGACAACAAAUAUGCGAAGUUAUUUUCGCAACGACCGCCAGCUGCAAAAGAGGUUCAAGCGGCGUCAGAACAGACGAGUGCCCAGACAGAAGAUAAUGAGUUCGUCAGAACUUUCAAGGAGGCUUGCGAGUUUACCAGCGGCUAUGGUGUAGCAUAUAAACCCAAUGCACUAAACUGGUCGCCAGCUCAUCCAGCCAAAUCCCCUUUAAUCCAUCCCAAAGAAACUAAAUUACGGACGGGACGAAUUAUGAUCAAUGCGGACGUUACGCGGGUAGUGGACGCUAACCUUGUACAUUUGGAACAAGAGGUUCCCCUCAACGGCUCAUUUCGCAUAUAUAUCUUUGCCGGGAGGCCUUCCAUAACCUCCAAGGCCCUGAAGGAUUUCGCUUCUCAUCUCGGAAACAAGAAGUCCUUUUAUGGAUCUUAUCUUCGAUCGGAUAUUGACUCUGUCUCGCACCACGAGAAACAUAAUCCUCAUAGCUUGUUCUUUACACUCUGUACCGUAUUCGCUGCUCGACGGGAUCAGAUCGAGAUCUUACGUGACGUGCCGAACCCGCUUGCUCGCUACCGCGACCACGUCUACGCUGAUGACAGAUGGGACCGUCGCGUGCCUAAUGCAGUGGCCGCAGCUCACGCUAAGAUGGGUCUGGACCAAGAGAGGGGUGGCAUCGUUGUCGUUCGACCGGAUGGCUACGUGGGCAUCGUGACGAGUUUGGUCGAGGGUAGCGGGACUGUGGAUGCCUUGAACGAGUACUUCGGUGCUUUUUCCACGAAAAAGCUGGGCGAGGCGACAGCCCAAUUAUGAAAUAAUGUAGCGCUUCAGCAUUAGCUAGAUGGUUUAUGAUGAGUAUACCCCCUGACUUUCACCUACGUGGAUCCUACACAGCUCGAGAAUACAAUAUUUCAUAUCGUAUAAGGUAUCCAGACAUCAACAAACCUAAUCAUGACUUCUCAAUGAAUAUCGCGAUAUGCGCUUACUUGCCUAGGAUUAAGAAUUCAACCACGUAAAACGUAUACGACCGUGCUCUCCAUCUACCACAGAGUUAUGGUCCUGGAAGCAGCUCCCUAAAUGGGUAUCUAUGU